AUGACAUCUAACACAACAGUUGCUAAUGAUGCUUUAACCAAAGUAAAGGAGAACGUGGAAAAACUCAAGAAGGAUGCUCUUAACCUUGUAAAUAAUGUCAAAACCAAGAAACAACUUGAAUCAGAUGAUCUCAGAGUUGUUUCACUUGCCUUGUUAACACUCUGGACAGUUCUUUCCUUACUUUUACCUGGUGUGAUCAGAUUUAUUUUAGCUAGUGGUUUAUCUUUCUCAAUUUCUGAUAAUUAUGAUAGUGUAAGAGUUGUUGAUGAAUUUAUCAGAUUGAGUGGAUGUUUCACUCUUGCAUUAUUCAUCUUGAAUUACUUGUCAAUUAAUUGGAACAAUGAUGCUCAAACAGAUGUUUUACGUGUAAUGGCCUUCUUCAAUGCACUUGUUGUGGCAGUUGGUAUUUUAAAUUUGGUUUCAGGUGGUUCAUUUGCCUAUUUGCUUCUUUCCAUUGUUGCUGGUGGUUUGGCCUUCUUUUAUGCAAAGGCUUCAAAAUUAUUCUAA